AUGGUUUAUCAACCGACUAUGGCAAAUGAGUUGCCUCCCUUGACAAGUGCUUCGAAAACAGUCGAACGAUCAACUUCAGCCAGUUAUUCUUAUGUAACUGACUGGUAUAUUUACUUGAUUCGUGCUCUUCAAGAAGUUCCAUCAACACGAAGUUGUAAAGAAAAAUUUGUUGAAGAAUGCAAUAUUCUUUACGAACACAAUCCUUCUGUUCUACAAGCAAUAAAAGAGUUCAAUGAUACAUAUGUUCCGGAAGACGCCAUUCGUUGGUAUACACGUGACGGCUUUCUCUACAAAGUGCUAAAUAGAGUUCUUCGUGAACAAAAUCAACAUGGUAUUCAGCUAUUGCAUUUCUUUAUCUAUGAUCUCGAUCGACAAUUGAAAAGCGAACUGAAAACAACAAAACAAGAUUGGAUGAAAGCCGAUACUGUGCAUCUUUAUCGUGGACAAUUGAUGUCACUCACGGAACUGGAACAACUUAAGAAAAAUAAGGGAGAAGUAUUAUUCAUCAAUAGUUUUCUUUCAACAACAGUCGAUUUCGCUGUUGCGAACAUGUUCUCAGGGGCAGGUGUCUUUAGUCUCGAUGAUCCCAUACAGGCAGUCAUUUUUCAUAUCGAAUGGGCAGACUUCAGUCCUAAGCAAGGUGUUGCUGAUAUCCGUCGUUUAAGUUUUAAUGGUGAUGAAGGUGAAAUUCUUCUUUCUCCAACUCAUACUGUCAACCUCAUUGAUUGUGUUUACGAUGAGAAAGAACGUGUAUGGAAUGCAAUAUUUACCCGUAUAUGCCAAACAGACGAUCCGUUGAUACGAAUCAAUGACGAUGAACGUCUUAUGAGGCUUGAACUGACACUACGUCAUCUCAUGGAAGAAGACAACUCGUCGAGCAAUGACAUCGAAGACGAACUAGAUACAUCUUCUAAUUCAGACGAGUACAAGUUUGAAUUUACAAGAAAAUUCUGUGCAACAUUCAUUGAAGACGUGCCGAUCCUUCUACGUGAACUCGAAUUACCAGAACUCUGCAGUGUCACGUUGAAUAGCGACAAUUUAGGUCGUUUUGAAUUGAAAACACUCCGAUCGUUCACUACUGAUUCAUUCGAUCAUGGACCCGAAAUUCAUGAUAAAAUGGUUGUUACUUUGUACGAUUCUUUGGGUAGCGUAUUCAAGACAAAGGGAAAGCUAAUGGAAGCUUACUAUUAUUAUCAAAAAGCAUCACUAUAUGACGAACCUCAAUCACAGACUUCUUAUACAAGACAAGUGAGUUAUUUUUUGAAAUCAUUGUGA